AUGUCUUUAUCGAAAACAAGACCACGAUCCUCACACGACGGAACCGAUGAGGAAUCUCCUCUUCUAGAUCAUUCACGACCAACUACCGUUGGUACACACUCUUUGAUUCAUCAAACGCAUUCUCCGCGGAUUAUUAUCUUACUUCUUACCACGAUAGUUUUUAUAAUUGGGUUUGGAAUAUAUUUGGUUUGGAUACCAUCGAUGCGUAUAUAUGAGGAUAUAUUGUGUCAUCGUUAUUAUGAAGAACUACAGGGACGAGGUGAGAUAGGGCUGAGUAGCACCAUUGAUGAAGCUAGGUGCAAGGGCGAUAAGGUUCAAGAAGAAUUGAACAUUUUGACUGCGGUAUUGGAAACACUGAAAGCGUUACCAGGAAUGUUUAUGGCUGUUCCAUAUGGACUUUUGGCCGAUAAAAUUGGACGCAAACCAGUUUUUGCUUUGUCAAUCCUUGGUCUUCUCCUCUCCCUCUUAUUCGAGGUAUUCAUUAUGAGCGAGUGGAUGAUGCUACCCAUUCGUGCUGUGUGGUUUGCACCAUUUUUACAAUUCAUUGGUGGCGGUGAAAAGACCGCUUCCGCAAUAUUUUAUGCUAUCAUCUCAGAUGUUACUACUCAAGAUGAAAGAGCAAAUGCUUUCCUUUUCGCUGCAUGUGCUUCACUCUCUGCAGAACUUAUUGCACCAACUGUAGCAGCCGCAAUUAUGGUCUAUUCUCCAUGGAUCUCAAUAUACUGCGGAGUGUUUGUUUUGACAUCAGGAUUAUUAUGUCUCAUCACUUUUGUACCCGAAACACUCCAUCUUCAUGCCUCCCAAACACAAACUUCCACAUUGGUCCCAGAUGAUUCAUCUUCGGAAUAUAUAAGCGAUUCAUCAUCCGAUUUCAACGAGCCCUUAAAGCCAAAACGGAAAUCGACCAUCACCCGCCGUCUAUCUGAUUUCUACACCACUAGCCGACCUCUGCUUACUCUACCUGUUCUUCUCCUCCUUCUACCAUCUAUGACCCGCGUCAUAGGUCAACAAUCAAUCGACCUUUGCAUACGCUACAUAUCUACCCGCUUUUCCAUCCCCUUAUCCCACGCUUCUCUCAUCCUCUCUCUACGGGCCCUAAUCAACAUUCUCCUCCUCCUAAUUGUCAUCCCCUUCCUCUCCUCCCUCCUAAUAACCAAAUUCCACUUCUCAUCAACCCACAAAGAUCUCCUGCUCGCCCGUAUCUCUUCCCUCUUCCUCAUCCUCGGUGCCCUCACCAUCGCCAUCUCCCCAAGUCUUCACCUCACAAUCAUCGGUCUAAUAAUCUACACCCUAGGCACAGGUUUCGUCUCGCUAGUCCGUUCUUUAAUCACGGGAUUGGUAGAUCAGAAACACGUGGCGAGAAUAUUCGCAAUGAUAGCAGUGGUGGAGACCAGUAGUGCACUUUUGGCAGGACCAGCGGUCGCAGGACUCUAUGAAUUGGGACUUGUUUGGAGGGGAGAGUGGACGGGUUGGUUGGGAUUGCCGUUUGUGGGAUUGGCGGUUGUUUGUGGGGUGGGGAGCGUGGGGGUUUGGGGGGUAAAGGGUCUGGGGAAGAUGAGUUUGGAGAAGGAGAGGGUGGUGAAGGGGGCGGAAGUAGGAAAUGAGGAGGAGAGGGUAUAA